GGCCAUAGCUUCCUUCCCAGAGGAUCAUGGGAAACAAUUCUAGUUUACGGAGCGGAGGGAUUUUCGAAAGAUUUCAGCUUUUUCUACGUUAUUUCUUGAGAUGCCACAGGGACAUAGGACGCUCACAAGCCGUUUCAUACGGGUUUAGUCGUCAUUUCUGAAAGAGUGAUUAGGAAAGAGAGAUGGAGCUGAAGUUGGAGGUUGUUUUGUCAUCUAGCAUCAAACGGAAGAAACCGUGGCCGCGAUUCUGCUGGCUUGGACAGGAAAAGGAGUCUGUUUUCCUGUUAGAUGACAAACGGAUCAGUGAGAUCAACAUGAUGUCUGGUCGUACCAAGAAAAAGAUGCCUAAACUACAUCCUUUGCUCAGCAGUGUGGUGAAAAUGACUUCUUCUCACAAUGGGAUGUGGCUGUGUGGACUUCUGGUGUCAGGAGAAUUGUUUUUGUGGAACAGAGAUAAAGAUUUACUGAAGACUGCAACAGCAGUGCCAGAAGUAGUUCAGAUAAUCAACUCUGCUCAAGGAAAUUCUCUAAAGUUGUGUCUUCAGGUUUCAUGCGAUGGGAUGAGGGUUCUUCUGGCUGUCAUUACUGGGCAGGUGUUCCUGUGGGAGUGCACAGAGGGGAGGGAUUUUCCAGGCAUGCGAGAUGGCGCUGUCAAAGGGCGGUGGGCUCAUUUACUGCCGCUUGAAGAAACCAUUUUGCCGUCUUCAAAUGAUAAAGAAGCAUCCCAGCACAUCAUCUUUGUAAAGACAGAGAUUAUGGCUGACAUUUGCUUAUCAGCAUUUGUUUUCACCUCUGGAAAGCAGCUUGUUGUCACUAUUCUAAAAAUUCAGUGGAGCCAAGGUCAUAUGAGCGUGGGUUCUGUUGGUUACAGUGUACAGUGGGCUAGUAAGACAUAUCCCAUGUCUCAUCUGUGCCCAUCCUGCCAGUCAGUGAAGUCCAGAGGGGCCUUGGUGCCAGCGUUUUCUCCAGAUGGACGCCUGUUGGCCAUCGUACUGAACCAGAGGAAGCCAAAGGACACACAGGUCCUUUUUGUGAGCACACAGAAUUUUGUUUCAAUCUCAAGUGACCUGGGAGGAUGUGGAAGUAAGAAGCUGGACAUCCCAUCAAAAUAUGUCAGGUCCUACUGGGUCAGCAGUGUCAGCUGGUCAGCAGAAGGCCUGUUCUUUGCCUGCGUCUUGAAAAGGGGAUCCCUCUUGGUGUUGGCUCGCCUUGGCGGGCUUCUCACCCUGACGAGCUCUGGUUGCAAUGUGGAUUUUGGUCCUGCGCACUUCCUGCCCCUGCAUCCGCUGGUCACUUACCGACCACCGCUGCCUGCAGAGAAUAGAGAAGCUUCUCUUUCCAGCUCCACUUUGUCUGUGCGUGACCUCCUGAGGCAGCGGUUUUCUGUCACCUGGCAUCCGCGGCUUCCAUAUCUCAUUGUGUCCGAUGGCUACAUGGCUACAGUUAUGAAGGUGCAGGACAAACUUUCGCCUGCCCUGUUCCUGAAGGCACUUCUAAAAGAAACCUAUGCAGAUCUUGAGAAAACCAGCUGCAAAUUAGAAAAAUCCCAGGUUCAUGUGAAGGUUUGGCUAGAGUCUGUGUCUUGGUUUAAUUCAGAAAGCAGCCUUGAGGAGGUCAGUGCUGCUGCUACAUGUCAGCCCAAAGCGUCAGACUCCACUAAUUCAGCGGCAACAGAUCCAACCAGGCUGCCGCUUUUCCUUCAGGACCAGCAGACACUGGGUGGCACCAAGGAGCUUCUUGAGAACAUGCAGGAUCUCUUUGAAGAAGACUCUGAUUUAGAAGGUCUUACUGCUGGUUCUCAUGGGCAGGAGGGAGGCCGUUUGGAGUUCGCCUCCAUGUUUGACACUCUCCAUGCUGUGGACACUCACAGUGAAUUUGGAGUUGAUUCAAAUUACAAGAGACAACCAGCGAAGAAGAAUCGUCUUUGCUCUGAGCUGGGGAAGAUUCAGAGGAAGCUUCUCACUGCUUGGGCUUUUGCCAUGUCAGUAGGAGAUUCAGUUGAACACAGAGUUGCUCUUCUGAAGCAUACACUUUGCUGCGUGGUUUGGUUUGCCGCUUUGCUCCACUUGGUCCCCCCAAAAGAAAAAAAUAGCCCUGUUUUUGGAAGGUUGCUCCACCUCAUAAAAGCUCUCCUUUCGUUCCUUUCUUGGGACGGCUCUUCCUCAGGUGGACAGCACUGCUUGGGACUGAUGGUGGAGUUCAGUGAACGGAUAGUGCGCCUUCUGCUGACCCCUCAGCCCGAUGUCCGUCUGACUGGACACUCCCUUGUAUCAUCUCAAAGUUUGUCCAGAAUAAUGCAGAUCUUACGCCUGAUCUCAGAUUCUCUUGACCAGACUUAUAUCUUGGAGCAGAAAACUUUCUGGUCUUCUGAGGAGGAGUUUUUAUCUUCUCAGCUGCAUCUGAGGUGUUCAGAUGUUCACCAUGUUCCUCUGCUGCAGAAUGUGAAUGCAGACCCAUCUGCCUUUGAACAUCAGGCAUUACCAGUUCCUCAGCGGCCUUCAAGCAGAUUGUUGGGAGUAUGGCAGCUUGUGUAUGAUGUAGCUCAGCGGUAUGCAGAGGAGCUGAAGAGGUUUAAAGACUGUGAUGGUUUGGAAGAAGAGGAGCAAAAGCUGUCUGUCAUCACAUCCCAGAUCCAGACUGCUCUGCAGGCAACAGGAGAAAAUCUGGAAGAGGGUAGAUCACUGCUGAGUUACCAAGGUGAGCACCUUUUCCUCUGUGGCUUGUACUCUCAAAGUACCCAGAUGUUACGGUUACAGAUCUGUCAAGAGGCCAGUAAAGGCGGCAACCGUAGUGUCUUCCAGGAGACGCGCCUUUGUCUGGCGCUCCUGUAUAGUCUGUUAUCUCAGUACCAGCUCAGGGAAGCCCAGGAGUUUGGGGACCACAUGGCCCAACUGAUUUUGUUAAGAGCUGGAAACCGGACAGACAACUUCACUUGCAUUUCAGAUCCUCUCCCUUGCCCCUGGUUGCCGAUUGAUCUUCCCAGUGAUGCCGCCUGUGCAGUAAUUCAGGCCCUCGGACGUUUCAUGGCCGCUUACUUCACCAACCAGCCGCUCUUCAUUCUGCCUGCUCAUAAUGUGGCUAUCCUGCCUCCACUACACCUACCCCUCGCCUCGAGUAUCGGCCGCUUGGUGUCCCUGUUCCAAGAAGAAGUGGCUAAAGCAGUUCGACAGCAACACCUGUCGGAGGUUUGGACGGUGGACUACGCUCAGGACUUGCUUCUGCUGGGGGGUCUCCUGCCUGAGGCUGUGUGGUUGGCGUCUCAUCUGGGCGACUGGAAAACUGCAGUGACUCUAAGCUUGGCAUAUACCACUUAUUGUGCAAAACAUUUUGACUUUAAUCAGAUCAGAAGGAGAGAUUUUCUCCUGCCAGAAGAGUUACAGCCAGAAAGCAUUUUUCAGUCUGAACUGAGGGAUCUUCUUGGCAGCAAAACCAAUUUACGAGAGUGGACAGAUAAAGACGGGAAUGACAGCUUUACAGAUCCGAUGGAAGGAGAAGACUGGGAGGUUUUACAGGCUUCUGUGCACGAGAUUCUGAAAGCUUCAGCCAUGGCAGGAGUGAAUGUCAUGUCAUUUCCUUUGUCGACCUUGCUGGACAAGGUUAAAGACAUGUGCUUGUUAAUGCCUACAUUGGUCCCCUAUGAAGUGUACCUACCUUCACCACCUCUGUAUUGCCCACAGCCUUCUCCAAACACACAGGACCAAAUGUGUGAAACGGGGCCAUUUGCUGAACUUGUUUGUCGUCACAAAGUCUCUGGAGUUCUCCAAAGAUUACUCUUGCUUCUGAGAUCUGCCCAUUGUUGCCGUCCUGCUGCACAAUGGUACAUCAGUUGCCUGCGGCGUGCUAGACACAUCCUGCACAAGAUCAAGAAGAAGUAUUCCUACCCAUCAGCUUCUCAGGAGGAGAAAACUUUUCCUGAGGGACUGAUGAAGUUGAUUAGCCGUUCUGGAUUCUUCAGACGGGACUCUAAUAAAGACCUGGACCCUGAUACCAUCCAAACAAUCAUUUGUUUCAGAGAGCUAUGCGCUUUAUGCUGGAUGCUUCAUGUCAGGGAUCAGCUCUCCCUUCACUGCAGGAAGUAUCAGGCUGCCAGACAACGUGACGGAGAGGAAGCGAUCCCAGAGGAUUCACCAGGAAAUUCAGCCAAUGUUACCGCUCUUCACUGGGCUUGUCGUCUUCUGCCUUUCUCUCACUUCCUCAGUGAAGAGGAGGUCCUUCAGGACAUAAUACUCAGUCUUCUGUCUGAGCUACCUCCUGUCUCCUUGGUGGCAGACACGCUGGUUCGAGCCUUUCCACAGGAGGAAGAGUCGGUCAGGGUGUCUUUAAGAGAGAAGUAUAAGUUACUCCUGCAGAGACUUGGCCAGUGCAACCUUCUCGGAGAAGGGGGAGAAGACGGGGAAGAGUUGAUGAUGAUUUUUAUUCAAGAUAGAAAAAGACACAGGAGGAAACAUUUGGCGCGAUUGCAGAGGCACUUGGCCCCGCCUGUGCUCCAUCUGUGGGAGAAAGUAGAGGAACAGGAGGACAGAGGGGGGCGAACUGACACGGCCACAUCAGGGCAGCUGUCCUUGGGGACAACUGUGGGCACCAGCACUGUGACCGAGUUUAACCAGCCAGUGUGCAGCGAUGCAGACACAGCAGUGAAUACAUCUGAGAGAAUCUCAACUAAACAGCACCGUGCAGCCGUGAGCAGCAGCAAGAAAGAUAGACAGAAGAUGACAUCUAAGACGGACAGUGUCCUUAAAGAAAACACCAAUAUAAGUGGAGAGAGAGAAAAGGAGCAGCUUUCUUUGCCAGCAGUCGGCUCCUGGGAGUUUGAGCUGGAAGACGAGGAGUAUUUAAAUUUCCUGGAGCUUUUCCUUGGCUACGUCCUAGAGAAGGACGCUGCUGGUGGGAUGGACUGUGGCGACGAGAUCCCUUUGCUGAAAGGUUUCUGCUCUCAACUACGGGAGAAGGAGUUGCAUUCUCUAACAUUUGAUGUAGUCUCAAGUAUACAUCGUCGUCAAAGAGGCGGGCACCUUCUAGAGAGGAAACACUUGGGGAAGCCCCCAUCGGUGUUCAGAGCAGGCUGUUGCUACAAACCUAUGAAACAAGACGUGAUGCUUGAACCGCAGACUUCUUCCGUUUGGAGUGAAACUCCCGUUUUCAGGAGCAGCCUUUCUGUCGAGCGGAGAACCGAGAAGCAGAAAGGUUUGUUUGGCCACUGGCAACAAAACGUCUCUUCAGCAAGACUAAAGGAAGCCAGUGUUGGCUCUGAAACCAGUUUUGUCCAGAAUGCCUUGCUCACUGAAAACCCUUCCCCUGGCUUCUCAUCAUCUGUUGAAGUUGUGACUGACUUACAGCAGGGCUUGGAUCCGGAGUUAGAGGCCCGUUUUCCAGAGCUGGGCAGGUUGCUCGAGUGGAUGGUGCGUUGGGCCGAUAGAAGGAUACUAUUGGGGCAUCAUGGUAACAAGAAGAAAGACAUGGCAGAUGAACAAAAUGAUGGAGUUGUGAUUCGUGUAAAAACCACAGCACCUGCUAUCCUUACCUCUUUAAGUUUGUUGGAGCACAGGUAUGCUGCUCAACCCCAAACUGAGUACUACACCUCCCACAGCCAAGUUCCGGAAAUGCAAUGGGCUUUUCCCCCUGUGCUGCUUUCGGGCGUUGAACGGAAGACGGAGAGAGAGAGCAGCAUUGAUACUGGUUACCCUGGAUCCACCAACACUCCUAUCACUGGUCCGGAUCAUAAUCGGCAGCGAGGAGAGGCUACUCCCUCUGUCUCAGAUGAACAAAAGGAGCUGAUGUUUCCGGCUGAUGAGGUUCAGCUCAGCUUUGAUUCUCGACAGAGAGAGCCACAUUCCCCACAGCAGACCUUUGAUGACUUGGAUGUAACACCUGAAAGAGAAGACAGAAGCGGAAACAGCAAGAGCGUCGAAGUGUUACUUUCUGAUUCCAUUCAGGAUACCUCUAAAGAUGUCUGCUCACCUGAAAUGAGUUUAAAGCUUGAAGACCUCGACUACUCAGUGUCUGGUUCAUCGUCCCAAUAUCCUCCUGUUAAUUCAGAACCUGCUCCUUCAGCCAUCCACCCUAAACCUCCUCCUCCUGCAGAAUCUUCUGAUUUGGGUGGCGUUCUGCUCCCCAACCCUGCUGCUGAUCAGCCACAAAUCUCCACAGCUGGGGCGCCCCCUGCUGAUUUUACAACGUCUACUCUGCCUUUGAUAACUUCCACAAUGAGACAGCGUCUGGGUGAAGACUUAUUCAGAUUAGUUCAGCAUAUCAACUACAUGAGUCUGAACGAGGUUUUAGGAGCUACGUUUUCCAGUUUCCAGAUGGCCCAGCAGAACUCCUUACAGCUUAAUAUGAAUUUAUCUUCUGCUACUAGAAUAAACCCUGAGCCAAAUGCUUUUCCAGUUCAAACUUCUUCCACCGCUGUGCCACAGACACAGACCUGUGUGCCAAAACCAGAAUCUAAUGAACCCCAGUUGAAUCCGAUUGGGUCGUAUCAUUUUGCAGCCCAGCCUGUCGUGCAAGGAACAGGACUUGGUCUGCAUCACAUCAACCAAAGCCAACACACCAGAACCAAUAGUGAGAUGCAGCCCCUCUCUGUCCAAGCAGAGUCACCACAAACUCAGCAAACGGGGAAGAGGAGACUGAUCCCGUCUUCAGACGGUCUCCUGGCCACUACUGAAAGGAGUCACGCUGUUCAACACCAACCGUAUGACAGCAGUGUACACACUGACUCUGCUGCACAGAUGUCGGGUCUGAAGUUACUUAAGCUUCAUCACUUUGCUAUGGCAGAAUACAGUGCCCGACACUAUGCCGCUCAACAUGCACAGGCUCCUCACAGGGCAAACCUUAAGUCCAAUCAGCCCAAGGCCACACACUAUGAUCAAUCCACUUGGAAAAAGAAAGGUGGAGAGCAAAGAAAUGGGUUUUCUGUUCAAACUAAGCAUCUCCUAUUUAAUCCUGCACACGAUCCAACUCUGAGGAGCUCUCACUCGCUGAUGGGGCCGACAGGACAGUUCUUUGGUCAAGCGUUCCCUCUACAUCCUGCUGCUUUUCCGACUCAAAAACCUGCACCAAUGCAGGGCCUUCGUCUGUUGCAGUUACGUGAUACUCCGCCUAGCAGCUUUAACUUCCCUAAACUGAUUACAGCAAUACCUGCUGUUAUUUCAACUCCAAUGACAGAAGUUCCAAUAAUUAAGCUUUUACACAUUGAGUCUGGACCCAAAAUGGUGGCACCCCAGAAUAUUCCUUCAAAACAAAAGGUUCGUCUUACGAUGGAGUUGACUGCUACGAAAAAAUUGAGACAGGAUCAGCUGCAGAUACCAAGACCAGAUCACUCUGAUGAAGGCAUUAGAAAUCUAACCAGCACCCCCUGCUUGAGUUCAGCUAAAAGGCAGAAGAGAAGAGAGGAAAAGCGAAUGAACAUAGAAGUCUCAUUCCGUCCAAAUGACUCCAUCAUCCCAACAAAAGAGGCAGCACAAGUCCUUGAAAGUGAAGAUGCUACAGUUGCUGAAGAGAUCAAACCUGCACAGGAUGUGACAGGCUCCUCAGACCAUUUGCUGACCGGUCAGAGAUUAUUAGACAAAGUUUUCUCCACUUCCGCUGAACUCCAUGCCUUUGCUUCUACAAGGAAACGUCCUCCAGAGUGUCAUGAUGCUUUCACCAACACAGAUCCAGCUGCUACUCCCACAGUUGAGAACAAAUCUAUUUCUGUCCAGACAUCUACAAUGACUAGCAGCCCAAAAAUGCAAAGUCCAUGCAAUUUCCCAGAAGCUCCUGUUCAAGUGGAGAACCAGCAGAAAUCAGAGAUGUGUCUGGAUCUUGGUGGACGCCAGUUCAUAAGUGUCUUGGAUCUGGAAGAUGUGAGGCAGUCUGAAGAUUUGCUGCCAUGUCCUGACUCAGAAGCAGCAGAUAUUUCUUCUUCACCAACUUCUGCUCAGCUCCAUGUUCUUGCCACCUCUGUCAUCAGCUCAGCUGCUGAAGCUGAGGCACAAUUCUCAGUUCCAGUCACAAACAAUCUUCAGGAGCCCAGAACUACCGCAGAAGUCCUUGAGGUGUCUCCUUCAUUCAGUUCCUCCCAGCCCGCUAGAGUUGCAGAGAGAAUCAUCUUACAAGAUGAUGCGUUGGAGGAUUCAUCUGCAUCUGAAAUCUGUCGAGUCAUAAAGGCGCAGAGCCUCGUGCCUGACAGAGCUCCUUCAGCGCCUGCCACAGCCUGGUUCUCCUCCCGCCUGUCAGAUAUGGACUCUCAGUUGGCCGCUUUACAGAACAUUGCAGAUAAUCUUGAGAAGGACUUUUCCAAUUCAAGAAUGCUGGUAAACACAAUUGAAAAGCUCUCCUUAGACAGGGAGUCUGAUCCAAAAGCCACCAUGGGAGUAAAAAAAAGCGUCAGACUCUCUGUUCCACUCAAAGCUCCGGAUCCAGACUCUUUACGUGCAUUGAAGAAAUGUGAUGAGAUCAAAGAACAGGAAGAGGAACUUGUGCUUCAUGACGACUCCGGGAAUUCUGCAAUAAAACCGUCGCGUCACUAUUCAACCUCUCCUUUCAGUCAGAGUAGUGGUCCAUCCUAUCUUCAAGCUCCAGGAAAAAAAGAGCACUUCCAUGAAACCUACGAUAUAUCUAAUGAAGGGGCAGAUGGGACUCUGAGUCAGACUGGGUUAUCCGACACUAUGGAAAUCUUAGACGACUUGGUCAAGGAAGGCUACUUAUCUCCCUCUGACUGGGAUUUGGAUCGCUCUCAGACUUCACACCAGAACAGGAGGCAAGACCAGAGGGAACAUACCUGGACAUUAGAGAAAAAGAAGCUUCCUGAGGAGGAGAGGAAGGAGCUGGAAGGAGCCGUCAGGAGGCAGGACCAGCGGGAACAUAGCUGGGCAUUACAGAAAAGGAUGCAUCCUGCGGAGGAGAGGAAGGAGCUGGAAGGAGCCGUCAGGAGGCAGGACCAGAGGGAACAUAGCUGGGCAUUACAGAAAAGGAUGCAUCCUGCGGAAGAGAGGAAGGAGCUGGAAGGAGCCGUCAGGAGGCAGGACCAGCGGGAACAUAGCUGGGCAUUAGAGAAAAGUACGCAUCCUGAGGAGGAGAGGAAGGAGCUGAGGAUUUGGAUGAGACGGAAACAAAGGGAAAGAUUGACUGCUUAUAAAAAGCACAGACAGAGCCUGAGGGACAGGGAGCGUAAACCGUUCUGUGGCUCUUCAGUAGAGCAUUUUCCAAACAGAAAAACAGAAAGCAUAUGGGGUAGCAGAGAGGAAAAAGAAAAGUUAAUGCUUCUUAAUCAGUACUUUCGAAGAACAGAAGAGGCCUGCCAGUUGGCCAAUGACUUUCUCACUUCUCGUGUUACCGGGCCAAGUUCCUCCCAGACUUGUGAAGGUCCAUUUCUCUACAGCCCCUGGUUGAAUUCGGAUCCACCUCUUGGCCACCCUUUUAGGCCUUUCAACGUAUCAGCCACUGACAAAAAAAGUCCCACGUCUCAGACAGGAAGUUUCCCUUCUCAGUUACGUUAUUCUGCAGAGAGUGAAUAUUCAUAUGAUCUCCGCAGAAGACUGAGUCUUCGUCGACCAGUAAUUUUUAAUCCAGCGGACCAACUAUCUCAGGUAACGAGGGGUGGUAUGCUCAGCAACAUCAAGAGCCAAUCCAAACUCUACGCAGCCAGCCAGAGUCAGGCACAGCAAGUAGGAUUACGGAAAAAAACUGAGUUCAACAACAGUUUCUCACGUGGAGCUGCUUUACAAAGAGGGAACCUGAAGGAACACAGACAAGUGAAGGAGCCUGAAGUGAGGAAGCAUUCAGAAUUUACCAGACCGAAGGCUGUGGAGGAUUAUACCUCUGUGACUGGGAUUUUACAUGGGGAGGACGGAGCAGUCGCAGAUGGCGUUUCAGAGAUGGACUGGCUGGAUAAUCUCUCUGACAGCGCAGGAAGCAGCCUAAGCAGAAUAGACUGGACUGCCAUUGAAAGGAUGGUGGCUGAAGAAGAUGGUUAAUGUUAAAAAUAAUAAUAAUUAUUAUAAAAAACAACUGUACAGUAAAAUAGGUUGUAAGGUACCAGAAGUGCCUAAUGGAUACAUUGUAUAAACUGAAAUAUAAAAUGGUAGAUUUUUUUCUUAAAAACUUUUUUAGUCUGACAUUUGUUCCUAUUUAUAUUUGUAAUGUCUUCAGGUGGUAUUUUAUAUUUCUAUAUUUAUAGCCUUGUAUUUUAUAGCCACCUUGACUGUUUUAAACAGCUUCUUGUAUUUUUCACUUUAAACCUGUGAUUUAAAUAAAGUACUUUAAUGAUAAGUCCUUUUAA